GCGACGGGCACAACGCAGUCCGCAGCCGGCCGAGACGCACCUGAAAAUCAACGAGCGCCAGCACCUUGGAGCCGCACAUCGCCUUUGCCACCCUUGCCGCCCUCUCGAGGUCUCCCCUCCGACGAUGGCCGACUUUCAGGAGAUGUGGCAGGACAUCGAGACGGUGAUCCUGGGCGUGGGCGGGCCGCCGAACCCGGCGUGCGUCGCGCCGGUCACCGACUCGAAGGCCAAGGAGUGUUCGCCGUGCUCGUCUCCGUGCUACUACAGCAACGACACCCUGCUGCCGCCCCACCAGGGCGACCAGCAGGUGCCCACCUUCGACGAGUACCCCAGGGUGAAGGUGGAGCAGCAGCCGACGGCUGCCUACUACCACCACCACCACCACCCUUACCAGGCGGCGGCGUACGGCCAGGGUCAGGUGACGCCGCCGCCCACCCCCGACGCCUGCUUCUACCAAGCUUACCACCACCACCAGCACCCCCAGCAGGCCGCCUACAUGGGCCACUUCCGCAUUCUCACCCCGCCCUCGAGCCCGCACGUCUUCCACCCCCGCCCCGUGCAACUGCCGCCGCCGGUCGCCCCCGCUGCUACACCCAAGCCGCGCCGCAGACGCAACUGGAGCCGCAGGAAGGUGGUGGUGCACACGUGCUCGCACCCCGGCUGCGCCAAGACGUACACCAAGUCGUCGCACCUGAAGGCCCACCUCAGGACGCACACCGGCGAGAAGCCCUACGUGUGCAACUGGAAGGGCUGCUCGUGGCGCUUCGCCAGGUCCGACGAGCUGACCAGGCACUACCGAAAACACACCGGCGACCGACCCUUCCACUGCAGACUCUGCGAACGCGCCUUCUCCAGGUCGGACCACCUGGCGCUCCACAUGAAGAGACACAUGGCCACGUGAAAAGCGUCCCAGGGGCCAAUCCAGCGAGAAUCCACCAGGAUUCAACCGGGAAUCCAUUGGGAUUCAAUCUGGAUCCACCUGCUCGUCGUCUAGUCACUGCUGGCAAGCAGCCCGCGAAUCAAAUGAGUUAAAUAAGAGUUCGAAGACUCUCAAAUCCGUCUUUCCAGCGUUUUCCUUAUUCUGGGAAAUGCCACCGACUUGUUGAAAUUAUAGCUGUUGUACAUAAAUAUACUUUUAAAGUAUAAUUUUUACGUUUCGUUGAUUUUAUAGGCUAAAAAGACUUGACCGGUAUUGAAAUUUUAAGGUGUUAAAAGGAAAAUAAUGCUUCCAGAAAAUUAUUUUCCUUCCAUUACCAAAGUUUUAUUUUUUUCAUCCCUAAAUCACGACAAAUUUAGAGAUUCACCCUUUUCACCUAGUUUUUCGUUUUUGUGUUAAUUUAUAUCGUGUCACACUAACCCUAAUUUAUUAAGAAAUUAAUGAAACCACACACGAUGUUCAUAAAAUGACGACUGCGCUGUUUUUAAAAUUGUAAAUAAUUUUAUAAAAUUAUGCUUUGUUUGAAUCCAUUUGUAUACAUUUUAACGCUGUGUAUUUUAAUGUUCACGCAAUAAAUUUUUACUUUCACA